AUGCAGCAACAGCUCAUCUACGAUUGCAGCCAGCAGCCACCGGGGCCGCAGCUCUCGUCCGCCCCUUUUUCCUGGGGCUCAGCCAUUUCGUCAAGGGCUGGAGAGGAAGCCAUUGCCGGAGACCACGAGGGCCUUCUGUCCUACCAGAGGGGACCCGCAGAGGCCGGCGGGGAGCUGACGAGACCCGGGGUCUUGCGGGACUGGUUUGGGGGACGGUCUGCCCAGGAGGACAGAGCGUGUGAGAGUAAGAGCACCACUUUCGAGGAUCCAGUAUCAUCUACUCACCUCUUUCCUGUGAACCGUGUCAUCAUGCCUGGCUGUCAGAUCAAUGACUUGAUGAAGCCUGAGGAAGAACAUCAGGCACAAAGAGAUGAACCUGUCCUGGAAUUGGGACAGCCAAACUGGAGUGAUGAAGAAGACUCCAGCUCCUCGUCCUCGUCCUGCUCUUUCUCCCUGUGCUCUUCCUGGUCCUCAUCGGACUUCUUGUCUUCCUCCUCCUCUUACCUCUCCUUGUCCUAUUCCUCCCUCUCUUCCUCCUCUCUCCCGGAUGUGGAAGUUACUGAAGAGGAGGUUUCUGGGGAACUCAUCGUUCCCCCAAAUAUCCCCAGUCCUGUCCCCUCUCCCUGCUCUGGGGACAGCACUGCAGAGAUGCAGGCCCAGGGGGAGAGCUCCAGCCACGCUGGAGAGGGGCCGAGUAGCGUGCAGGGGGCAGAAGUCUCUGAGCCAUGUGGCCUUGAGGUGUUGUAUGGGAAGGUGGCUGAGAUGGUGGGGCUCCUGCUGCUCAAGUAUAUCUCUCAGGAGCUCCUCUCCGAGGCCGACAUGCUGAGUGUCGUGUGCCCUGAUGAGCCCGAGCUCUUGCCCGUCCUCUUCCCGCAGGCCCGUGAGUGUUUGGAGCUCACCUUUGGCAUUGAGGUGGUGGAAUUGGAUCCCCAGCAGCACACCUAUGUCCUGGUCACUUCCCUGGACUUCCGCCACGCCAAGGCCACGUGCCCCGACUCUGGCAUGCUGCAGAGCUGCCUGCUGCUCUUUGUCUUGGGCGUCAUCAGUCGGGAGGGAGACUGGGCCUCGGAGGAGGCCAUCUUGAAUGCACUCAGUAGGCUUGGCUUGCAGGCUGGGGAGCAGCACGCCAUCUUUGGGGAUCCCAGGGAGCUCCUCAGCAAUGUGUGGGUACAGGAGCAGUACCUGGAGUGCAGGCAGGUGCUGGGCAGUGAUCCCCCACGCUCUGUGUUUCUGUGGGGCCCCAGCGCGCAUGCUGCCACCCUCAAGGUGAAAGUCCUGGAGUUCUGGCUCAGUGCCAAGAGCAGGGCUCAGGACUCCUUCCACCUGCUCGAUGAGACUGAGAAGGAGGAGCCGGCUGAGCUGGGAUUACAGAACAUUGAGAAAGCAGGGCGGGAUUAG